AUGGUUGUAUGGGUGCCAUCAUAUGGGUACCAUAUCUGUUCCAUCUGGCAAAAGACUUUGCCCAGACACAGACAGUAUACGGAUAUCCCGUCGCCCAUUAACAACCAUAUAAAGAUGGCUGUUAUAUGGCACUCGAUGGCCAUGCAUAAAUACUUGCUCUUCCCUACUUCUGCUGCCUCUGCCCUACUCCUGUUCAUCCCUUUACUACCUGCUCAUGUUUCGAAAUACAUUGCCCAUGGGUGGCUGGUGCACCUGUCAAAUAUGCCUAGUUCUGAGAGCCUUGAUGGUAUGUAUGUAAUAAGUAAGAUAGACCUCAAGUAG